GAUAGAUAGAUAGAUAGAUAGAUAGAUAGAUAGAUAGAUAGAUAGAUAGAUAGAUAGAUAGAUAGAUAGAUAGAUAGAUAGAUAGAUAGAUAACAAUGACACCAGAUGACCUGGGUGACAUUUAACCUGAGGUCUGCCAUGGGACCAAGCCGGACCUCCAGCACCAGCCCACUCAUCAGUCCUUUGGCUGAGUUGGACCUCCUGAACUCCUCUCGUCCUCCUGUCCCCCCUCCGGUGUCCUGCAGCAUUGACGAGUCCUACAAGUACGUCUUUCUGCCCGUCUGCUACUCCCUCACCUUCCUCUUCAGUCUGACCCUGAACUCUGUAGUUCUGGUGAGGUCCUGCCGGUCCAGUGGCAGUGGACGACGCUGGAACACGUCUCUGAUCUACAUGGUGAACUUGGCCUCCACAGAUCUGAUGUAUGGCUUAUCACUGCCCCUCCUGGUUGCCAGCUACGUCCUGAGGGACCGUUGGGUUUUUGGGGACUUCAUGUGUCGUCUGGUCCGGUUCCUCUUUUACUUCAACCUCUACUGCUCCAUCUUCUUCCUCACUUGCAUCUCCGUCCACAGGUAUCUGGGGAUCUGCCAUCCAAUGAGGACCAUCACUCUGGAGAGCAAGCGACUGGUGAAAGGGACCUGUGCCCUGGUGUGGGUGGUGGUCUUCAUACUCACCUGUCCCAUCUUCAGGUUUGCCCAAACGGGAUGGGUUAUGAGAGGAGGCACCGGACCUGCUGGAUCUGAUGCAGUGAGGUUCAGUGAGAACGGCACUGGGGACCAGUCCGAGGACUGGUAUGUGAACUGUUGGGAUGACGCCAUCGAUAAGGAGUUUGCUGAAUAUGUUCCAUAUGGCAUCGUCCUUCACCUGUUGGGCUUCUUUGUUCCAUUUGUCAUCAUUGCCUGGUGCUACUCUCAGGUGGUCCGGACCAUAUUCCAGAGCCUGCGCUCUCCGCCCAGCUCAAUAGAGGGUGUGGAGGAUGGUCCAGUUGGUGACGGAGCUGCAGACGGAGUCCGAGACCGGGAGAGGACUUCUGUCUCCAUCUCUGGAUCCCAAUACUCACACUACAUACGGCGUCGACGAAAAUCCAUCAAAACCAUUGUUACUAUCACUCUGCUGUUUGCUCUCUGCUUCCUGCCCUUCCAUGUGACUCGGACGUUGUUCCUGCUCCUGCGGCGAGGACAGCUAGGUGGCUGCAAUGCCAUGAAGACCGUCUCCAUCUGCUACAAGGUCACAAGGCCGCUGGCUUCCUGCAAUGCCUGGCUUAACGCUUUGCUGUACUUCUUGACUGGAGACAAAGGUCCCCCCUGCUGCUGGACAGCAGAACGAACUGUCCAUCAAGACAGGCGCAAUGGUUCCCUCUGGUGGCCACUGGCAAUCCUUAAGAAGGACGGAGCAGGAGAGGACGAUCAGGAAGUGGCCGAGAAGGUUGAGAGGGAACUCCACCUGGAGGACGAGUCCAAAUCUUCUAGGGUAAUCUUCUAGGACAUUUGAGAGACCUUUACUUUAGGAAAUGAACAUAAAACAUGUUGAUCAGAGCCUCCCAAAGAACUGUGAGUUUCCAACAAAAACACAAAGUCUGAACUCUGGAAAGACCACGCACACACGGUCUACUGCAGAUGUUUCUCUCAGUCGAUGCCAAAUGAGCAAAACUGUAAAUAUCAGUAGUAGAAUAAACCAGGUAACGUCUGAAGAGUUUAACGGACCAAACACUGGCACUGCCCCUCUAGACUGGACUGAAUGUCCCAAAGACUCAAAACAGGGUCACAAACCACAAACACCGAGUUCUGAAUCACUAAAGUCUAAAUGGUUCCUGUCAGAACAAAUACAUGAGACUUCAAUGACGGGUGGAAGCUGCAGCCUAUCGGAUCAUCUCC